AUUGGCACUAUUACGCCACACCACAGACACAGAGGCACAGAGCCGUCCGGAUCUGCUGCCUGAUCGAUGGGGUGGUUCUCCCGCAAAGGGCCCUCGGGCUUCUCCGGCGCCUCCACGGCUGAGGAGGUCACCGCCGGCAUCGACGGCCAUGGUCUGGUCGCCGUCAUCACAGGUGCGUCGAGCGGCAUCGGGCUGGAGACGGCGCGUGUUCUGGCGUUGCGCGGCGUGCACGUCGUCAUGGCCGUCCGCAACGUCUCCGCCGGGCUCGAGGCCAGGGAGGCCAUCGUGGCCAAGAUCCCCGGCGCAAGGAUUGACGUCCUGGAGCUGGACCUCAGCUCCAUAGCUUCCGUAAGGAGAUUCGCCUCCCAUUUCGACUCUCUGAACUUGCCCCUCAACAUUCUCAUCAACAACGCUGGAGUGAUGACAAGGAACUGCACACGUUCCUGCGACGGUCUGGAACUGCAUUUCGCGACAAAUCACAUUGGCCAUUUCCUUCUAACAAACCUGUUAUUGGAGAACAUGAAGAAGACAUGUAGGGAUAGCUGUAUCGAGGGACGGAUUGUCAAUCUGACAUCUUCAGGGCAUUCCAUAACCUAUCGUGAAGGGAUAUGCUUCGACAAAAUUCAUGAUCCUUCAGGUUUGAAUGACUUUGUUGCUUAUGGUCAAUCCAAGCUUGCCAAUAUUCUUCAUUCUAAUGAACUGUCCCGAAUACUCAAGGAGGAAGGUGUGAAUAUUUCAGCCAAUGCAGUUCAUCCUGGUGUCAUCACGACUAACCUUUUUAGGAACAGGACUAUCGUCUCUGCUCUAUUGAACUCCAUUGGAAGAAUCAUAUGUAGAACAGUGGAGCAGGGUGCUGCAACGACAUGCUAUGUUGCAAUGCAUCCUCAAGUGAAGGGGAUAAGUGGAAAGUACUUCACCAAUUGUGAUAUAGCCAUCCCGAGCUCACAAGCUUCAGAUGCUGAGUUGGCCAAGAAGCUAUGGCAAUUCAGCUUGAAAACGAUUGUGUCUUCUUGAUCAAGUGCUUGUCUGAAUUAAAGACGAUGCACAGAUUGUUGUGCUAAUGGUUAGGCUCCCUUGGGAACAAAUGGAAAAUCAUAUGAACUUUUGGAGGAUUCCAAUCCUCUAGGAAAAUGUAUGCCCUUUUGGAACGAAGGAUUGCUGCCUAUAUGAGAUUCCUUGGAUUCCUACGGGGUGCACGAAUUCAUAUUCCAUAUAAAUUUUGGAUUCCUACAGGAAACCAUA